AUCACUGAAUCAAGGUGCUUCUAACGCCCGGGGGCUUCUGCUGCUCACAGGCCUGAGGAGGGUCUCCAGCUGCUGCAGGAUGGGGUCGGGACUGGACACCCACAAAGGCGUGGUCCCUGGGACCCACUUCCAGCUGACCUGGCCGGGCUUUCUCUAAAGGCUUCCGGGAAAAUGCCUGCCUCCAUCAGAGAGAGAGUGUCAACAGGCUGAGACGUCCCAGAACAAGAACUGAGCCACGCCGUCUCUCAGUCCGGUCUCCAUCUUCUGGGAGCCCCGAGCGCUUACUCUAGCAGCCUGAGGGGACGUUCCAGAAGAAACCGUGGCUGUCCCCUGGGAGACUCAUGGCCCGGAAAGGGAACCCAAAGGAGUGGCCAGAGGCCAAACACACACCAUGCUUCAGUGCAGACCACCGCAGGAGUUCAGCUUCGGGCCCCGGGCCCUGAAGGAUGCUCUGAUCUCCUGCGACCUGGCCCUGAAGCAGCUCUACACCUCAGCCUUCUCCCCGUCGGAGAGGCUCUUCCUGGCUGAGGCCUACAACCCCCACCGGACCCUUUUCAGCACACUGCUCAUCCACUCAGCCUUUGACUGGCUCCUGAGCCGUCCAGAGGCCCCUGAAGAUUUUGAGACCUUCCAUGCUUCCCUGCAGCUCCGGAAGCAAAGCCUGGCCCGGAAACACAUUUACCUGCAGCCCAUAGAUCUGAGUGAGGGGUUGGCAGGAUGGCCCCUGCUGGACCACCUUCGGAGCUGUGCGGAGGCUUUCUUCCUGGGCCUUCGGGUCAAGUGCCUGCCCUCGGUGGCUGCUGCCUCCAUACACUGCUCCUCAAGACCCAGUCGGGACGCUGACAGGCUCCAGCUUCAUACAGAUGGCAUCUUGUCCUUCUUGAAGAACAACAAGCCGGGGGACGCACUGUGUGUGCUGGGCCUCACGCUGGCUGACCUGUACCCUCAUGAUGCCUGGACUUUCACCUUUGGCAGGUUCCUUCCGGGGCAUGAAGUGGGUGUGUGUAGCUUCGCUCGCUUCUCUGGGGAGCUCCUGCAGGCCGCGCCCGGUGUUCCUGACCCAGCUGUGCUGGAGGCAGCAGCAGAUGGCGCGGAGACACUGCCGCACGAGGGAGGCCGGCCUCUGUGCUUCAGCGCCCUGGGUAUGGUUCAGUGCUGUAAGGUCGCCUGCCAUGAGCUCUGCCACCUCCUGGGCCUGGGGAGCUGUCGCUGGCUCCGCUGCCUCCUGCAGGGGGCGCUUAGCCUGGAUGAGGCGCUCCGGCGGCCGCUGGACCUCUGUCCCAUCUGCCUGCGGAAACUGCAGCACCUCCUGGGCUUCAGGCUCCUGGAGAGGUACAAGAGACUGCACACUUGGACCCGGGUGACGGCGGAGGUGUGGUCUGGUCAGGAGGCCGGGGAGCCGUCUGUGUCCGAGGACACCCUGCUCUUCAGUGCUGACUCAGGCGUGGGCUGCGAGAGUGACACGGAGCCUGCCACCAGCCCGUCGGAGGCUGUCACCCCUGACGCGUGGAGUCGCGCCUUCCCCGAGGGGGCCGAGCCGGAGCCCGAGGAUGGCCUGGGCUCUCUGGUGGCCUCAGAAGUGUUGCUGGGCCUCGGAGGUCCUGUGGAUGCCAUCGAGGAGUACGGACGGUGGCUGGACGCGUGCAUCCAGGCCCUGGAGAGGGAGGAGGCUGAGGAGGAGCUGGCCCGCGUGGACGCUGCCGUGGACGCCCUGGGCCGGUGGGAGAUGUUCACGGGGCAGCUCCCGGUGGCCAGGCAGCACGUGCCCUGUGGCAAGGACAGCGUGGGGCUGCGCAGGGUGCUCGGGGAGAAGUUCUUCUCCCUCAGGCGGAGGCUGAGCUCUCGCAGACUUGCCAAGGCCAGUUCUUCCCACUGCCGCUGGGGGGCGGAGAAUUGAUGCAUCAAGCUGGGCCAACCAGUGCAGAGAAGUUAGCUCCUGGCAUUUUUUUUUUUUCCCUGAGGAUGCCAGCCUCUAUGGGUGCCCAGUGACUGAGGGUACUCUGGUGUCCACAGGGUUAAAACAAAGGUCCCCAGAAGCUGAGUGAGCCUUGGGUGCUUGCCCACAGGGUUCCCAUGCUGUGUGCCCUGCAGGCACAGCUGAGAAGCAGAAGGAGGUAGCCACAGGCUUGCUUCUUUCCUGCAGGAGGGGGCUCUGCUCUGUCUAGUUACCAACAGCAGGAGCUCUGGACCACCCUGCAGCAGGGGUUUUGUGGCAUGUGUGUACGUUUGUGUCUGUGUGUGUAUCUGUGCACAUGAAUGCAGCUGCCCACAGAGGCCAGAAGAGGGCGUUGGAACCUUUGGAUGCCAUUACAGGAAGUUGUGAGCCAUCCGAAGUGGGUGCUGGCAAUUGAACUCGGGUCCUCUCCAAGUGCAGGACAUGCCUUUGAUAUCUGAGCCAUCUCUCCAGCACCGUUUCAUUCCGACUUUGUGUCACCUGCACGGGGUUCUGUUCUGUGGCUAGACUUUCUGCUCAUCAGGGCUGGCACAGGUCUUUGAGAAGCUCCUGAAGAAAUCUGUGCCCUGUGAGGUCGGCCAUUUCUUCUGACAGAAGUGGGGUGAUGGGGUUGGCUGCGGAAGGCAGAGGCCACUUCUCCAACCCCAAGGCUUGCCUGUCCUGUCAUUUCCAGUUAGGCCAGCAUGGUGGUGGGCUUCAGUUCUUCCAUCUUUGAUGACAUUUUUUCCCCGUCUCCAUCUAUAAAACUCCUGACAGAGGGUGGUAAAAUUAUUCAUCCAUUGCUAACCCCCUUUGUUUCCCUGUCAUGUAUUGUUGAAGCUCUGACACUCGCGCACUCGGGCACACACACACACACACACACACACACACACACACGCACACACACACAGAGAUUGUUUUCCUGAAGUGACCCUCAUUGUUCUCAAAUGUUCCAGCUGGAUAACAAUGCCAGUCUCACAGUCCUGAGGAGAAAGGCGGGCGGGCUCUUGGCUCCCUCCAUUGUUGGACAGAGGCAAGCAGUCAGGAGCAUGAGCACCAUGGGGGUGGCUGUGCUAGUUCUCUUUUUAUGGCUGUGACAAAACACCAGAGCAACUCAACCUGAAAACAGGAAGGUUUGUUUCGGCUCAUGGCGUCCAAGGUCUCAUCCGUCGCGGUGGUCUGGCUCCAUGGCUUUUAGGCUGCAGUGAGGUAGAGGAUCACAGGCAGUGUGUGUGGAGCAGGGGUCCUCGCUCACCCCACAGAGGCCAUGAAGCAAAGUGGAAGGCGCCAGCGGACAUCCCCACUGAUUCCUUCCGGCCUGGCUCUGCCUCCGAGUUCCUAUCACUACCACCGUCCCUGCUUGGUUUGUUGUUUUUUUGUCUUUGUCUUUUUUCCUUUUUGAGAUAACAUCUCUCACGCAGCCCAGGUUGGUCUCUAAGUCACUGUGUAGCCAAGGGUGCCCUUGAGUUUCCCGUCCUCCUGCCUCCUUAGCUUCAUGCUGCUGAGGGUCACGUGUCCCCGUGAUGCCAGGACACCCAGCGUGUACUUCUUUACCCUUUCUGGCUUUCCUGGGAGAAGAGCAGAGCCCGAACCAUGGCCAUGGGUGCCUCUUCAGCCACCCUGAUGCCCGCUCUCUUACCCAGAGCCCAGGCUCCCAUCAGAGGGGAAGGAGGGCCAGCAACUGAUGGGGACGAAGAGCGAGUUUCACCUCUCGGCCAGCGCAUGUGUCUUGUAAACACUGUCCCCUGGGACACAGACCUCUGUGGGAUGCUAAGACCCUCCAAAGUGCUUAAACAGUUUAGCUGGGGUGAAGCUAAAGUCCAAGCUCCACACCCCUGGGGUUGAAGGGGAUGCUUGAACAUCCAGGGAUGUGGCCACAUACAGAAGGUCUGUGAGCAGUGCCAAGGUGAGCUACCCUGUGCCGCCCACGGCCAGACACAGCCAGGUUUUUGGGGGACAGGCAGCUCUGCCUAAGCCUGCCUGGAAGGACAGGAAAGAUCUGGAAAGGGAACACAUUUGUGUGUGUGUGUGUGUGUGUGUGUGUACACCUGUGUGACCGCAUGUGCAGACCUGAGACCCACCUUAGCUGUUUGCUUUUUGUGGUUUAAUUAAUUAAUUAAUUUAAGACCAGGUCUCUCUACAUAGCCCUGGCUCUCCUGGAACUCACUAUGUAGGCCAGGCUGGUCUCAGAUCCACAGACAGCCUCUGCCUGGCCAGUGCUGAAAUUAAAGGCGUGUGACACCACGCCUGGCCUAGCUUGCUAUUUUAUUAAUUCUUUGAGACUGUCCAUCUUGAUUUUUGGCAGGAUCUCUCACUAGCAAUGCAGGCUAGACUGGCUGGCCAGUGAGCCUUUAGGGAGCUGCCUGUUUAUCACUUCUCCAAAGCUGGGAUUACAAGCAGGUGCCACCAUGCCCCCCCCCCCCACUCCUCCCACUGCCAAGACAGGGUUUCUCUCUGUAGCUAUCCUGGAAUGCCUUCUGUAGAGCAGGCUGGCUUUGAACUCACAGAGACGUGCCAGCCUCUGUCUCCUUGCUGGGAUUAAAGGCGUGCGCCACCUCUGCCCUGGCAAGAUUUAUUUCGUGGUUAUGUAUUUUCCUACAUGCACAGAUACUAUGCUAUACAUGCUACAUGCAUCUCUGGUGCCAUGGAUCCCCUGGACCUGGGCUUACGACAGUUGUGAGCUGCCAUGUAGGUGCUGGGAAUUGAACCCAGGCCCUCUUGUCAAUACAGCCAGUGCUCUUAACUGCUGAGCCAUCUCUCCAGCCCCUACCCCAGCUUUUUCUAGGGAUCAGAUUCGGGUCGCAGGCACCUUUACUGUCUGAGAUGGUAUCACUCUAUCCCCUGGCUGAACUGGAACUUGCCAUCUUGCUCAGCCUCCAUGAGCAGGGCCUACAGGUCUCCAUCCCCACGCCCUGCUAUGCCCAAGCCUCUAACUGCAGGGGACCGAGUUACAUCUGCUAGCUUGUUUCUCUUAUGAGAGAGAUCUUGGUGUGUGUGUGAGAUGCGGGUGAAUGGAGGGACAUGGGUGCCAUGGCACGUGUAUGGGCUUUACAAGUCAGUUCACCCUGUGGGUUCUGGGCAUUGAACUCCGGUCGUCAGGCUUGGGUGGCAAUCACUCGCAUCCGUUUGGCCAUCUUGCCAGCCCAGCCUCACUUGGGCAAGAUGAGCGAGAUUCAGGCUGUUUGCCCCACCCCAGCACGGCCCGCCCCGCCUUUGCUUCCAACUCUUGAGGAUAAGGGGAUGUUCAGAUGGCUGGGACCUGCACCCUGCCUCCUGGGCAGCCCCUACUCAGCUCUGCUGAAGCUUCUGGAAGCUUCCACACAGCUGCCGCUCCAUAAGGCAGGAAGCUGGAGGUACACGUGGGUGAAAACACUUAAGUAGAACAAAACCAGGCCAAGGAGAUGGCUCAGUGGGUGAAAGUGCUUUCUGUGUGAGCCUGAAAACCUGAGUUGGAUCUCCAAAUCCACAUGUUGUGUGGGAAAAAUAACCUAUUCCACAGCUGCCCUCUGACCUCCACACACACAAUGAUACAGUAAUACUAAUGAAACCAAGACCCCUGGGGGGACUCAAUCCCUGCAGCCUAGAGCAGGGAGCGUGUACCCUGCCUGGUGAAAGGGUUCCUACCCCAGGGAACACGGUAGCUGGGUGGGGCCGAACCCACAGUGACCCCCAGAUGCUUCUUGGAAAUUGCCUUUUAAAACAAGCCUCUUGACUUAAAACUUGUUUUCAUUUGCCUCUUACCCAAGGAGCUGAGCUCAAAAAUAAACCUGAGUUAUUUUGGGCAACA